AGCAAAAUGUGUGGUAUGAAGAAUCCAGCUCAAUCCAACCUUCCCAAAUCCGCGUCAAUCCAACUUGUGCAGAACGUCAACACAACACAGCCCGGCAGCAGCAUGGCGCGGCCUGUGUGGGUGCUCGGCGCCUGGCGGGGUGUUCGGGCCCUGAUACAUGGCCACGCCGCCACCAGAACCUACACCAUCCUGCCCAGGCCCCAGAAGAAGGUGGCGCAGAGGUGCCUCGUGACCACACCCAGUGUGCAGCACGGGAAGUAUGAGUGGGAGGACCCAAAGUCAGAGGAGGAAGUUGUCAACAUAAUAUUUGUUGACCGAAAUGGGAAAGAAAUACCGGUGCGAGGCAAGGUUGGGGACAAUGUGCUGUACCUAGCACAUCGCUUCAAUGUUGACCUUGAAGGUGCAUGUGAGGCGUCUCUGGCUUGUAGCACUUGUCAUGUGUACGUGGAAGACACAUACACAGACUGCCUGCCAGAGCCUGUAGAAGAGGAGGAGGACAUGCUGGACCUUGCUGUGUUCCUCAAGGACACCUCUCGGUUAGGCUGCCAGAUCAUCCUGACCAAGGAGAUGGAUGGCAUGACUCUCACAUUACCUCAUGCCACACGCAACUUCUAUGUGGACGGCCAUGUUCCCAAGCCCCACUGAGCAGGAGGCACCACAGCUGGUUUAGGCUAGAGACUCACUUUUGCUCAAUUCACAAGUAUUCAUCCAAAUCAGAAAGAGAAUGAACAAUACUAAUACCAUGUCUGCCUGGGUCUCCUUCACUCACCACCUGCAAUCAAGUGGUGCUGGUGCAUACUUGUAUUACUAGUGCCAGCCAUCACCUGUAUGUGCAGUACUGACAGAACAAGUUUUUAGCAUCUAAGAUGCAACAUUGAUCUGAUAAAAUGAAGCAACUAAUCUAAGUAUGUAGUUUGUUUGCACACUGCUACACAUGCAAGCAUAACUAUUUUUCUUAUCAUCUCCAUCUUGUAUAUAUAUACUUCCUGGUGAUUGGAUAGCUCUUGUCUACCUAAAUAUUUAUAGUGUCAGAUUCCAUUAUUAUUUAUGAUAUUAAUUCAGUUGCUGGAGCUCAAUGGGAGAAAUUACAAUAAGUUUCUAUAUGUACUGUACAUAGUAAAUUUUGUUACUUGUAUGCCUGUUGAAACUUUGUGUGAAAAAUUUAGUGAUCUAUGUAGUGUCCAAGUGUCUGAAUCUGUUGGAGUCACACAUUGGACAGAUCUUAGUGCCUUCCCAGAUCUGGACCUCAUUGAAAAGAUUAACCCAAACUUCCUAAAAGGAAUAUAUCACUUCUGUUAAAAUAUGUAAAGUUUAUAAUACUUAAAUUCACAAAACUUGUACAAAUGUUGAUUGAUCACAGCUGAAGAGAUGAAUCUGGAUCAAUACCAUGCACCAGAUUCCUCUUUAUUAUAUGUGAGAUUUUUAUUAAUCAUGUUGCCUAGGCUACAAAACUUCAUUAUAAUUUGUAAAUUCAUUGAUCCACCUGGCUGAGGCAGCUACACUAAGACAGGACCUCAAACUUAUCCCAAGACUAAAGGUACCCUCUGAACAAGCUUCACACUUACUGAAUAGCAUGACAGCCAAAGGAGUUUAUUUAUAUGCAUAUAUUGACUUGUAUCUAUUUCUGUAAAUAAAUAAAUAAAUGUAAA